AUGGUAUUUGAUCCGUUAGCCCUCAAAGCACACGUUUUGAUGUUCCUAAAAGUACUGCUCCAGGAAAUAUGGCGAACACCUGUAGGCUGGGACGACCCAAUCGAAGAACCGCAGUUCAAGAAGUGGUUGCAAUGGUUGGCUAUUUUUCCUCAGAUAACAACCGUCGAAAUUCCACGUUGCUACCGGAUGUUGACGCCCUUGGGAGAAGGCACCGUCACUCAAAUGCAUACAUUCGUCGAUGCGAGUGAGAACGGGUUCGCCGCGGCUGUGUAUUUGAGAUUCGAAAACAGCAAUAUUGUCGAAUGCACUUUGGUAGGUGCUAAAACGAGAGUUGCACCACUCAAAUUUUUAUCGAUCCCUCGUUCUGAACUGCAAGCGGCUAUUAUUGGUGUCCGGUUUGCAGACACCGUAUCAAAGUCACUCUCUAUCAACAUUAGUCAGCGUAUCUUCUGGUCGGAUUCCAAAGAUGUACUCUGCUGGCUUCGAUCGGACCACAGGCGGUAUAGCCAGUUCGUUGCUUUCCGCGUCAGCGAAAUUCUGGAGACAACGGAGGUCAGCGAAUGGUUCUGGGUUCCAACGAAGCACAAUGUAGCUGAUGAAGGUACAAAGUGGAAGAGUACACCUAACCUAGCAAGCGACAGCCGCUGGUUCCGUGGUCCGGAGUUCCUCCUGCAACAGAAAGACAACUGGUCGGUGAACCCAUUUGCUAAAAAAUCCACUGAAGAGGAGUUACGACCGCAUUUGCUGCUUCACGAGAAACCUAGUGAUCCGGCAAUUCAUCCAGAGAAUUUUUCGGAAUGGAAUAAACUGUUACACGUGACGGCUUACGCACUACGUUAUAUUAACAACCUGAAGCGCAGUAGUUGUGGACAUCGAAGAAUAUCUGGAUCUUUAAACAGGCAAGACUUUAUAGACGCAGAAAAUAAUCUAUUUCGCCAAGCCCAAUUGGCCGCCUUCUCAGAGGAAAUGGCCAUUCUCACCAAGAACCGUUCGUUAAAAGAGCCAGUCAAGUCGAUUCCCAGAUCAAGUCUUCUUCAUCAAUGGUGUGCUUUUCUAGACGAGAAUAAUGUUCUUCGGGUUAAGGGUCGAACAAAAGCAUGCGCCUUUAUCAGCCGGGAUGCCGCUGAACCGAUAAUUCUGCCUCGGGGUUAUUACAUAACCCGCCUUAUCAUACUCUCUGUACACGAGCAGUUCAAUCACCAAAAUCACGAAACAGCAGUGAAUGAGAUUCUCCAGCGUUAUCAUAUCCCUCGUUUGAAGACAGUAUACCAUCAUAUUCGGAAAGAAUGUCAACAAUGCAAAGUGUUCCUGACAAAACCGCAGCCUCCAGCAAUGGGUGAUCUGCCUCCUGCUCGGUUAUCCGCUUUCGCUCGUCCCUUUACUCACAUGGGAGUAGACUAUUUCGGUCCAAUGUUGGUUUCAAUAGGUAGGCGCACAGAGAAACGGUGGGGGGUUCUCGCCACUUGCUUAACUACUCGCGCCAUUCACCUGCAAAUCGCUCACACACUUAACACCGAUUCCUGCGUAAUGGCCAUUCGCAACAUUAUGGCUAGAAGGGGCAUACCUGCGGCAAUCUACAGCGACCGUGGAACUAAUUUCCGUGCCACAAGCAAAGAGCUGAAAAGCGCAGUAGAACAUAUUGAUCAAGAUGUCCUGAUGAAAGAAUUUACCUCAAACAAAACAGAAUGGUUCUUCAAUCCCCCGGUCACUCCGCACAUGGGCGGAGCAUGGGAGCGCUUGAUCAGAAGCGUCAAGCAGAAUCUUGAACGCUUACAGUCGAGCAAACUGCUAACUGAAGAGGUCCUGGAGAAUACUUUAGUAGAGGUCGAGAAUAUUGUAAACUCUCGUCCUCUGACUAACAUUCCAAUUGAUAGCGACGAUUCCCCAGUAUUGACUCCCAAUCACUUCCUGUUGGGAUCAGCCAACGGCCUACGAUCAUGGGUCCCUCUGGAUGACAAUCCUAUCCUGCUUCGAAACAGUUGGAAGCAGUCCCAACUGUUAGCGGAUUCCUUUUGGAAACUUUGGGUCAGGAGCUACUUGCCAACGAUUACCCGUAGAACAAAGUGGUUCACCCCGGCAAAGCCAAUAGCUGUCGGGGACUUAGUAAUAAUUGUUGAUCCAAAACUACCUCGGAACUGCUGGCCAAAGGGUCGAGUGAUUGCCACGUGCCCAGCAUCAGAUGGUCAGGUAAGAUGGGCCACUGUACGGACUGCCUCUGGUGGUAUCUACGAGCGACCUGCAGUAUCGUUAGCUGUACUCGACGUUGGCGUUGAAGUGAAUUCGCUCCAGGAAGACCCAUCGCGUAUUGCGGGGGGGAGUGUUAACUACGCCCCGUCGAUUGGUAGCAAAGCCCCUACUGGCAACGCACGCUACUGA